AUGUACGAGAACAAAACUGUUUUAAGUGAAAUCAUCUGCAAUGACAGUUUAAUCGACAACAAAACAGCCAUUCCCAACUUCACAAGCUAUAACGAUGACAACCACACCUUUCAAACGGACACGAUAGCCAACCACCACAAUAAUAACAUUACAUCGGUGACCAACAGCCUGUCAGUCCACAAUUUAAUUUUCGUAACAGUAAACCUUUUUCUUGUUCCUCUCAUCAUUGGAGGCAACGCAUUGGUUCUGCUUUCUAUUGCUUCAUUUCCGCGCCUGCGUACUGUGUCCAAUAUAUUUGUAUCCAGCCUUGCAGUCGCCGACCUUUUGGUCGGACUUCUAGUGAUCCCUUUUUAUACGGUGUAUUACCUGUCCGUGCCGGGCGUCACGGAAAACAAAUAUGCCUGCCUGUUUAAAUACGCUUUCAUUAUCGAGUCGUGCGGUUCGUCCAUUUUCAAUCUGUCUGCCAUUGCUUUCGAACGCUACGUAGCAGUUUCGUUCCCGCUCAAAUAUUCAGCGAUCAUGACCCGUCGGAAAGCUAAAUUGAUCGUUACUGUCCUCUGGACUUACGUCACCGUUUUAAGUCUGGCUCCCAUCGCCGGGAUAAACACUUGGCGGGCGAACGCCGCUUGCGAUUUUUAUCUGGUCUUGCCGAUGGGCUAUACUGUCCUGGGUUCAUUCGUCACCGUCUCGGUGGGUAUGGUCACGACUUCGGUGUUCUACGCUCUCAUUUAUUGGGAGAUACGCAAGAUGAGACGGUUCACAGAGAACCAGUCACGGCUGGACAAAUCACAUAACCGCGAUGUACGUUCGGCCUUCGUCAUGGCAGUUGUCUCCCUAACUUUCCUCAUGUUCUGGCUACCAUAUAUCGUGAUCGGACCUCUGAAAUAUAUCCCGACCUUGGAUCGGGAAUUUAUCGAGCGUCUUAAGAAUUACACCCUCUGUCUGGCCAUUAGUAAUUCGAUGGUCAAUCCAUUUAUUUAUGGCUGUUUACGUAAGGAUUUCCUUUCUGCCUAUCGUACGUUCCUUUGUAAUCCGUGUUCUUUCAGAAGGCGCGAGAAAAAUUUUAAUCUUGCAUUAAGCCACUCAUGUGACUAA